AUGACUACUGAUCAGGCUGAUCAGGCAGACACCCCCACCACCACCACCACCACCGUCGCUGAAAAUGAUCCCCUAGAGCGUGACGGCCUUCUAAAUGACGAGACCCGCGACCAGCUCAAGUCGGAGACGACCACCUUCAAGGAGCUGGGCGUCUCGGAGGCGCUCUGCGAGGCGGCCGAAGCCCUCAAGUGGACGCGCCCUUCGAAGAUCCAGGUGGAGGCGAUCCCGGUGGCGCUGGCGGGCCGGGACGUGAUCGGCCUCGCCGAGACGGGCUCCGGCAAGACGGGCGCCUUUGUGAUACCGAUUCUGCAGACGCUGCUCGAGGCGCCGCAACGCCUCUACGCCCUCAUCCUCACGCCCACCCGCGAGCUGGCCUUCCAGAUUAACGAGCAGGUGAAGGCGAUGGGAGCGGCCUUCGGCGUGACCACCGCCACCAUCGUCGGCGGCAUGGACAUGACGACGCAGGCGAUGGCCCUCGGCAAGUCGCCGCACAUCAUCAUCGCCACGCCCGGCCGCCUCGUCGACCACCUCGAGAACACCAAGGGCUUCAGCCUGAAGAGCCUGAAGUACCUGGUGCUGGACGAGGCGGACCGCAUCCUCAACCUCGACUUUGAACAGGAGCUGGACACCAUCCUCAAGGUGAUUCCGCGCGAGGGCCGCCGGACGCUGCUCUUCAGCGCCACCAUGACCUCGAAGGUGGCGAAGCUGCAGCGGGCCAGCCUGCGCGACCCGGUGCGCGUCGAGGUGAGCUCGAAGUACCAGACGGUGGACAACCUGCAGCAGUACUACCUCUUUGUGCCCGCCAAGCACAAGGACCUCUAUCUGGUGCACCUGCUGAACCAGGCACAGGGCAACAGCUUCAUCAUCUUCUGCAAUACGUGCGCCAACACGCAGCGCAUCGCCCUCAUGCUGCGCAACCUCGGCUUCACCGCCAUUCCCCUCCACGGGCAGAUGAGCCAGGCGAAGCGACUGGGCUCACUGAACAAGUUCAAGACGAAGGCGCGCUCCAUUCUGCUGGCCACCGACGUCGCCUCUCGCGGCCUGGACAUUCCCCACGUGGACAUUGUGGUGAACUACGACAUUCCCACGCACUCGAAGGCGUACAUCCACCGGGUGGGACGGACGGCUCGCGCCGGCCGGCACGGAAAGGCGAUGACCCUCGUCUCGCAGUACGACGUGGAGCUGUACCAGCGCAUUGAGCACCUCAUCGGCAAGAAGCUGCCCCUCUACGAGACGGUCGACAGCGAGGUGAUGCUCCUCAACGAGCGCGUCCUCCAGGCGCAGAGGGUCGCCAAGACGGAGAUGGCCGAUGCUGCGGGUGGAGGUGGUGGUGGAAAGAGGAAACGAGACGAUGACGACGACGAGGAGCA